UUUUUAUAGUUUUGUUGUAUAGUGCAUUUAGAAUGUUUCAAAUUAUUUUACAGUAUUUAAUGUUUGUAAUCCGCUUAAGCCGUAUGCUGAAUAAAUUUAUAUAGUUAGCAAUGACAGAUGGAAUUGAGAAAUUCGAAGUUACAGAUUGGGAUCUUGAAAAUGAAUUUAAUCCUAACAGAGUAAGACAUAAUUUGACAAAAAAGCAACAGAUAUAUGGAGUUUUUGCUAGUGAUGACAGUGAUGAAGAUGAAAGGCCUAGUUUUGGACAAAAAAAUAUACCCGGUUCGACUCAAAUUAAUUUUGUGAGUGGUGGUGUCCGAACUGUUGGCGAAAAACCAGAAAAAAAAGAAUCAGAAGAGGAGAAAGGAUCUAGUGAUGAAGAACCACCUGUUAAGCUACAACCUAAAAGAACCUUUUCUAAUCAAAGAAGUGGGUUGAGUGGUAGUCGCAAUUCUCGUCAAAUUGCAGGUUUAAGAUCGCUUCAAAAAAAUUCUACCAGCAAUGAAUUUGGAAGCUGGGAGAAACAUACUAAGGGAAUUGGUCAGAAGCUUUUAUUGCAGAUGGGUUACAAACCUGGUAUGGGAUUAGGAAAAUCUCUUCAGGGAAUAACAACACCUAUAGAGGCAAAAUUAAGAAAAGGUAAAGGAGCUAUUGGUUUGUAUGGUCCAGAACAACCAACAAUGACUCGUGCAAGUGGGCCUGGUGUUAUCCAAGAAGAAUCUGGUGAAGAAGAACCUGCAAAGCAUCAGCGUCAAUGGAAGAAGACAACUGGGGAUCGUAAACCAAAGGUUGAAUAUUUUACUCAAAGUGCUGAAGAAGCUGUCCAAGAAGGAGCAUCCAAACGAUUCAGAGGAGAUGCCAGCGGUCUUAGCAGUGUGAAGGUAAUUGACAUGACAGGUCCUGAACAGCGAGUGUUGUCAGGAUAUCAUCAGAUUCAUCAACAACAUAGUAAACCUCCCGAACAAGAUGCCGAUGAAUCAAAAGCCAGCAAAGGGGAACAUUUUUCUUUACCAGAAUUGGAGCACAAUUUGAAACUUCUCAGGGAUGAUGAAAAACAGAAAAUCAUCCGCUGUGACCGUCAGAAGCAAUAUAAUGAGGACAGAAUCGUAAAUCUGGGGCAUGAAAAGAAACGCCUUGAGCAGGUAUUAGUGCAGGAAGAAAAACAGAUUCUAACUUUAGAAAAGGUUCUUAAGAUUGUUGACAGUAUGGACAGUUCCAGCAACAAUGAUGAUAGUAAUGAAACCCUUGAGAUAGCUGCCAGAACCUUCAAAGAUUUGCAGGAUGAAUUUUAUGAAGAAUACAAGAUGUAUAAUUUAAGCGAUCUAGCAAUUACUAUAGUUGUGCCUUUGGUUGAGAAAUUAAUGAAGGACUGGAAACCAUUGGAACAAAAACAUCACUGCAUAGACAUAUUUCAAGAUUGGAAAGCAUUGUUGGAAUGUGGUAAUCCAGUUAGUGGUCAUUCAGGAUUAGAGCAAGAACUGCAGCCUUAUCAUCGCCUUGUUUGGGACGUUUGGAUGCCCCCUGUUCGUAAAGCGAUUUUGAGUUGGAAUGCUCGUAAUUGGCCUCCUUUAGUUGAGCUUCUUGAUACAUGGACACCUUUAUUACCUCCGUGGAUACUUGAAAAUGUUUUAGAACAAUUAGUGCUUCCUAAAUUACAAAAAGAAGUUGAAGCAUGGAAUCCUCUAACAGAUACAUUACCUGUACAUUCCUGGUUACAUCCAUGGCUACCUUUAAUGGGUACUCGCCUGGAACCACUUUAUGCACCAAUACGCCAGAAACUGGCAUCUGCAUUAAUAAACUGGCAUCCUAGUGAUUGUUCUGCUAAGUUGAUUCUGGAGCCAUGGAAAUCUGUGUUUUCACAAGGCAUUAUGGAUGCUUUUGUUAUCAACAAUAUAAUUCCUAAAUUGGCAAUGGCUUUACAAGCAUAUGUUAUAAAUCCUCAUCAGCAACAUUUAGAUGUUUGGAAUUGGGUUAUGGCUUGGAUGGACAUGAUGCCUGAACCAUGUAUGGUUACAUUAUUGGAAAAAAAUUUCUUCCCAAAAUGGCUACAGGUCCUUUUCACUUGGUUGACACAUAGUCCAAACUAUGAAGAAGUCACAAAGUGGUACACAGGUUGGAAAUCUAUGCUACCAUCAUCCUUAUUGGCACACCCAAUUAUAAAAGAACAAUUUAGACAGGCUCUUGAAAUAAUGAAUAGAGCUGUUUCUGCACCCCAAGGACUUCUUGGUCAACAACCCGGUGCCAAAGAAAGCAUGGCAUAUCUCACUAACAUUGAAAGGCAACAAGAAUUAGAAAGACAUGUCAAGCCCAGAAGAGAUUAUGAAGCUAUGAUGCAAACUAUAAGGGGUGCUACAUCCACAGCAUCUAUUACAUCAUCAUUUAAAGAACUUAUUGAAAAGAAGGCUGAAGAGAGUAAUAUUCUGUUCAUGCCCGUCCCUGGUAGAUACCAAGAGGGAAAACAAGUGUAUAGAUUUGGAAGUAGCUUAUUGUAUUUAGACAGAGGGGUUAUUUUUGUUUUCAACCAGAAAACUUGGGUACCAACAUCCCUUCAAAGUUUAUUGGACACUGCAGGUUGAAAGUUUCCAACAUAAAAUGAAAAUUGUAAAUAGUUUUAUGUAAAUUGCUUUUAGCAUUAAUAAAUUUAUACAAAAAUU